AUGACCAGUCUGCUCACCUGGUUCUUGCAAAGAGCCAGGGAAUUGGGCAGAUCGAGAGAUACUGUCGAACUGGCUAACAAUCCUCCGCCGCAUCGCCCCUUUAUCGCCCCCGACAAUCCUGAACCUCCUUUGCCCGUCAAUACCACAGCUUCCGCCUCGGUAGGCGAUCCCGACGCUCGACUGCCCGACUACCUGCCCACGACAUCUCAACCCCCCGCCAGUCCUUCAGCUCCUCGUGGCAACCGCCGUCGCCGCGUUUCAAGUAGCCCGGAUAACCUUGCUUCUCCAAGAGCAGGGCCUGGACAUCUCCCAUCAGCACGUGAGACCGCAGAUCAGAAUUCCCCAAACCAUCUCUUGGGCCGACCGGACGGCCGACCUUCUUCCCCCAAGCGCAGGCGCCUGGUAAUCAUGCGUCCCGAUGGAACGGUCGCCGAGACGAGUUUCUCAGCGGGGUCGAAUGAACCACUCGUCACAACGAGACAAACACCGAACGGGCAAACGUCAACCAACGGGAACUCGUAUACGAAUGGCUCUAAACGAGCAUCGCGACCACAAACCUACUAUGGCCACAACAGGGAGGAAGUGACUCGCAUUUUAAUACAGAGUCUCUACGAGCUGGGAUAUGAUGAAUCAGCAUCGCUGUUAAGCUCAGAGAGCGGCUAUGAACUAGAAACGUCGGGUGUUGCAGCGUUUCGGAGUGCUGUGUUAGGUGGGAACUGGUCAGAAGCCGAGGGGAUCCUGAUGCGCUCGUUUCAAAGUUCUUUGGCCACCUAUCCAGGGGAUCAAAAAAGUCCUCCAGAUCAGACACUGGUAUUAGCGGAUGAGGCAAACAUGAACGAGAUGUUAUUUUAUUUGCGACAACAGAAGUUCCUCGAGUUACUGGAGGCGCGGGACCUGGCUGCAGCUCUCAGCGUCCUUCGGCAAGAACUGACGCCGUUGAACUUCGACGUCAAUCGUCUUCACGCCCUUUCAAGCCUUCUGAUGUGUCCGCCCGAGACCUUACAUGCUCAAGCAGAGUGGGAUGGUACCGUCACCUCCUCCCGUGAACGCCUGCUUGACGAGUUGUCCAGUGAGCCCCCAUGUGUUAGCCGGUAUCUAUGGUAUAACUUGCUAAUCGAGCCGCUAGAAUCUAUCUCUCCUUCCGUGAUGAUCCCACAACACCGCCUUGCACACCUACUGGAUCAUGUUAAGCAGACGCAGAUCAACAACUGCUUUUACCAUAAUACGGCCAAUCCACCCUCCCUCUACUCAGAUCAUAUGUGUGACCGCAAUGACUUCCCAUUACAAGUCAGCUUGGAUUUGCAUCAUCACUCGGAUGAAGUAUGGUAUUGCGAGUUCUCGCACGAUGGAAGCAAGCUAGUCACUGCUGGCAAGGACCACAACGUGCUGAUCUACAAUACAGCCGAUUUUACAAUUAUUCACAGGCUCACAGAACACGAGGAAGGUGUUGCGUUCGCCAGCUGGAGUCCAGAUGACUCCAAGCUCAUUACUUGCUCACAGGAUCACCAGGCACGAGUAUGGAGCGCUGAGAGCGGUCGUUGUCUGCUCACCAUCAACCAUCACCGUCAACCGGUGACUGCGGCAGCCUGGGCAGCAGAUGGGGAAUCAUUUGUGACGGCUUCUCUCGACGCCGAAGCACAACUGCGUCACUGGGGCAUGCGCGGCCAAUCAUUACACACGUGGAAAGGCGGCUUCCGUGUACAGGACUGUGCGAUCAGUCCCGACGGACGACGACUCGUCGCGGCCGACACAGAGGCAAAACUGCACGUCUAUAAUCUUCACACAUACGAGGAAGACUAUUGUCUCCCGCUGCCGAGCAAGCCCACAUCGGUCGCUAUCAGCAAGGACUCUCGACAUGUGCUAAUCAACUUGGCCGAGGGCGAGAUCCAGUUGGUGGACAUGGAUACCACUGCUGUCGUCCGCCAGUUUAAGGGCCAAAAGCAAGGCCUGUUCGUUAUUCGCAGCACAUUUGGGGGAGCAGCGGAGAACUUUGUCGUCAGCGGAAGUGAGGACUCAAAGGUCUACAUCUGGCACAAAGAAAAUGGCAACCUUGUGGAGACCUUGGAAGGGCAUAUGAAGGGAUGUGUAAACUCAAUAUCAUGGAACCCGGUAGAUCCGGGAAUGUUUGCAUCAGCAGGCGAUGAUAAGGCCCUGGUCUCGAGAUAG